UACUUUGCUUGGGGCUUCCCUCCAGCUCCACCUCUGUGCUCUCUGUUUAUUUGUUCCUCUCAUCUAUUUUAGAAUGGCUUCCGUUUCCCUGAGACUAUGUCAGGAACAAACAAAGCAUGGCUGUAAGAGGGGGGUUGUGAGUGUGUAUAUGAGCUCUGACAACAGUAGCUGUACAGCAGCAGAAGCAGCAGCAGAAGGAGAAUGGUCAGGCAUACGUUCUCUCAUCUCUUAUUACUGUGGUCACUCAGCAAUGACCUCUGUGUAACUGGAUGGACAUAUCAUGGGCCAAAGGAGCAGUCCUGGAACAAUCGGAAUCUCCAUUCUGUCCCUCCAGAUUUGGAUGCAAGGCUUAGAAUUCUGGACCUGUCCAAUAACUUCAUCAGACAGCUGCACACACUUGCUUUGCCAUACUUGGAGCAGCUGGACCUGAGCUCCAACCAGCUGGAUCUGAUCUCUGAAGGGGCUUUUGAAAACCUGGCUAGACUUGAAGAGCUGAAUUUGUCCAGAAACUCACUGAACAACAACCUUGGCAUUAACAGCAAAGCCCUCCAAUCCAUCAGUAGACUCAAAACUUUGGACAUAUCAAUGAAUGGUUUGAGUGGUGAUGCAGUGGAACGGUACCUUCGAAACAAAUCUUCUCUUGAUCAACUUAAGAUGACUGGUAAUGCUUUAACAAGACUUUCACACAAUUUCUUCGAUGAGAGUAUAGGUCUGAGGUCCAUUACUAUUGAUGACAAUCAGAUAUCAGUAAUAGAGCAGGGGACUUUUGAACCAUUGAGCCAAUUAGAGGUGCUAAACUUGGCCAAAAAUAACCUUGCACAUAUCUGUGAUUUUAAAUUACAUCAAGUCAAAUAUUUGAAUCUCAGUAGAAAUUCAGUUGAGUUCUUUGUUACGCAUGAGGACGGCCUGUUUUACAGACUUGAGAUUCUUGAUCUGAGUCACAACAAACUCCUUUAUUUCCCAGUUGUUCCAAAAAUAAAUUGUCUGAAGUACCUUCAUUUACAGAAUAAUAUGGUUGGUACGUUAAAUUCAGAGGCUACAAUGGUUUCAGAAGCCAAUGCUCUUUACCAUGAGAUUACAAAGGAAAGAACAGUUAGAAAAAAUAACCUACACUCAAACUGGAGGCAGAUGCCAUUGAUUUAUAUUGAUCUGAGCUAUAACCACUUCACAUCUUUCCCGCUGGAAACUUUGAGCCUUCUCUCAUCUUUAGAAACUCUGAAUUUCAGUCACAACUGCCUGAAAAAUGUAAUCUGGAAUGUUAGAAAAGAUGACGAAUCAGAAUCCCAUCGGCAGCUUUUCUUUCCCUCCUUAAAGUACCUCGACAUGCAAAGCAAUGGACUUGUUUCUAUUUCCCCGCUAUUUCUCAAGGCGCUCACACAAAUAGAAGUACUAAAUCUACAAGACAAUUAUGUGCAACCUUGUGCCUCUCUGGGCCAUUUGCAAAGCUCUCAAUCAACACAGCAAUUGAAUCUCAGCGCAUCUUGCAUUGCCUUCGAGCAGUUAAGAACCCUUAAACACCUCAAUCUCAAAGAAAACAACAUUGAAAUGCUUCAGACACACACAUUUAAAAACACUUCUUUGAUUUCUUUAAACCUUGCAAGAAAUUCACAUAUGGUAAUGCAGGUGGGUGCAUUAGAAGGUGUGCAUGAGACUCUUCAGUCCUUGACUAUCAGUGAAAUGAACAUGACCAGCUCUGAUCUUUCUUUACCCUGCAUGCCAGUGUUAACUCAGCUGAACUUAUCUAACAACCAUUUAGACAGGAUGCCCGGCAGUUUAAACUGCUCUCCUCUGAGAGAAAUUGACAUAAGAAAUAAUCAUUUUGUGUCUUUAAACCAUUCCUUGAUCCUUGCUUUAUCUGUGCACCUCAAUCUUAUGUAUAUUAGUGGAAAUUAUUUUAACUGUUGUGACAGUAAAUGGCUGACAACCCUACAGGAGUCAGAGAUAAAGCUGCCAGAUAUCAGUGACACUGUUUGCUUUACAAGCGACAGAAACAUUGUGAUGGCAGGGUAUCUGAAAAAAAGUUCAGUGGACUGUUUCUUUCAUCCAAAAGCACAGGAAAUUCAUUUUGGACAAAUGAUCGUUAUUGUUUUUUUUAUAACUGUAUUAUUAACAGUGCUGAUCAUGUUCACCAGGAAGGUGUGCUCCACAAAGAGAUCAUGUUUAGUGUGAUAUCUAAAAUAUACUCUCACUGGUUUAUUUUGUACAUUUACAUUGUUCUAUUUAUGCAUAUGGGUUACAUAUAGUGAGCAAAACAAACACUUUCAGUGAGAAACUGGAAUGCAAAAUGUAGUAACUGAAGCAUAAUUCCUGUUAAGCUGCAAUUUGCAUGACCCCUUUUAGUACAAACAGAAAUGGGCUUAAUGGCUGCUGAGAGGCUUUUAAUUAGCAAUAUGCGAUAAAAAUCAAAAAUCUUUGUUAUCUGAGACAUGAUCCUAUUCUCAUUUCUAUUCAGGGUACCUACCUAGGCUCUAUGGCUCUCUUACACAUAACUUGUCAGUAAGACAUGCAUCACACUGUGCAACCUGUGCAGCCAAAAUGCUGUGUGCCAGAUUCACUAAUCAAGCAGAGAAUUUUAGCCCAUCCUUCACUAUGAAAUGUUUGUUUGCGACUAGAAGUUCAACCUUGGCUCAAAUUUUAAUGACGUCUGUGAGGACUUGCACAAUCCAGAAUGUGGACUCACCAACACCGUUAUCUUUUGUAUAAUAAUAAAAUAGUUUAGUGGACAGUGUUUAUAUACACAAUUCAUUUUCACCGAUGUCACUAUCUGAAGCUCAUGUUUUGUCAUGUAUAACCUAUGCACCUAUGCAGCUCUGACCACAGCAGGUUGUUAUCAAAUAUGAUAAAAGUUUAAAUGUGUAAAACAGUACACAAUAAAGAUGGUGUACCUAAUAACCAGAACAUGUUGACAGUCUUUAUUUAUAAUCACUGAGGGUCAUAGGGGAUUUCAGUUUCUGAGAAUUUCUGUUUUUGGUUGAGCAACAUGAAUUCCACCCAGUCAUAAAACAUUAACUGGAAGAGAUAAUUCAGUGUGAGGUGCACUCUCAAUAAAUCUGACUGAAUUUGGAUGCAAUUCUUUUGAACAAAUUAGCACAUAAUCAUUGUAUGUAAUUGACAACAUGUGAACAAACUUUCAAUCUUAAUCUGCAACAACUGAUCCACAGGCAAUGAGGUGAGUUGAUUGUCUGUUGACAUGCUGCAGUGUAAAAUGCAACUAAAUGAAAAAAUAUCAAACUUUGAGGAGAUUUUAUUACAAAUUCAGCAAAUGGCCCGGGAGUAGGCUGGGGAAAGACUGCUGUUGCAGGAGGAUAUCCUGUUGAGCAACCCUGUCAUUGUCUUCUGAUUGACACAUCCUUCUCUUUUAAACUGAAGAGAUGUGGCAUUUUACAGGUCUCAUGCUCAUAACAACUCUGUCCACUGGAUAGCACCAGCAUUAGCUCUAGAAGAGCCAUCACACCUAUCAUUUUGGCUCUUGAGCAAUAUAACUGUAGGAAAUGUUGCCCCACCCACAAGAUUUAGGUACUAGAUCAAGUAGCAGCUUGACAAGUUCAAGCAAAGAGCACCUGAAGAAAAGAACACUGUGUGGAUAGUAUUAGGUGUAAAAGCAUAGGAAUGCAAAUACCAAAUUGUAUUCAUUCUUCUGCUUGGUGAUUAAUGGUAGUUGCAUUUAGCCAUUAGCAGCAGCUUGUUUGUUAGCACCCUGGAGCAAGUACUGAAAAGCUAACUGUAGUUCCAGUAAACCCAUCCCUGCAAGCAAAAGAUUAAACCUGAGACUGUGUAUAUUUCUUUAAUAAGGAU